AUGUUCGGAAGCAACCCCUACGCUGCUGGAGGCUGGUACAACCCUCAGAACCCCCUCUCAAUUAAUGGUGGUGGCCACCCUUGGUUCCCGAACUCCAAUCUCCCGCCCACCUUUGGUGCUUUGCCUACCGCCAACUAUUCGUCAUCGCGAUUGGCAUUUGAAUUUGCGCCGGCGCAACCCGACAUCCUCAACUGCACCGUGGAUGGACCGAAUCGCAACACUUAUUUCAGGGUUGCGACUGCGAAUGGCGCGACGGUAAUUAUGAAGCCGCGCAACGAGGGCAUGGCACGGAUCGAAUGGGGGACAGAACCAAGUGUCGAAAUCCGAAACAUUAUCCCGCGAGCUAACGCGUCGCAUUGGCUGCGGCUGUCCCAAGAUCAAAGCCAUAGAACCAUGGUCGUCAAUGGACGGAACUAUGUUUGGAUCCCACGAGGAGGGGCUAUUCUUCUUCUCAGUGCGGGACCGACUCCGCCCGCUGAACUAGGUCGAAUCACGCGGUCUUCGGGCAAGGUGACCUUGGAAUUGGUCAGCGAUGCCAUCCAAGCAGGCUUGCUUGAGGCGUCUGUCGUCGCCACGGUUCUUUUCCAAUCCGGACGAAACAUGGGCUAA